AUGUCGGUCCAACUGGGCGUAUCCGGGGUGCCUGUGAUCCCUCAGGGAACGGCAUAUGGCCUCCUGAUAGGAUUGGGUGUUGGCUUUUGCGGCAUCGUUCUGGUGGCCAUAAAAAUCCAGCGGGCUUACCUUUCAGAAGAUUCAUCGACUUCAGAAAUGUUCAUGGUCGCCAAUAGAUCAGUAGGGACAGGAUUAACAGCGUCGGCGGUGUUUUCAUCCUGGAUGUGGAUCAACGAAACGGUGUUUUCAGCUGCAUUCUGCUAUAAAUUCGGGAUGGCUGUUCCUUUUUGGUGGGCUACAGGGCUGUGCUUUCAGAUUGCUUUGAUGGCAGCUCUUGGCGUGCUGGCCAAAAUUCGCGUACCAUAUGCACACACAUCAUUGGAAAUUAUCCGGAUGCGUUAUGGCAAACUUGGUCAUCUUGUGUUCAUUGUCUUGAAUAUCACAAACAACGUCUUUGGAUGCGCAUCCAUGAUCUUAACUGGGUCGCAACUGAUCUAUGGUGUGUCUGGCAUGCAUUUUGUUGCAGCCACCAUUCUCAUUCCUCUCGGAGUGGUCUUGUAUACGGCAGUGGGAGGCCUUAAGGCGACCUUUUUGACAGACUACCUUCACACGACUAUUGCUUUGAUCCUAAUCAUUUACUUCACCCUAACAACGUUAACUCACGAUGCAGUGGGAGGCCUUGGAGGUUUGUAUGACAAGGUCAUGGCGACGGCCUCGGAAAAUAUUAUUGCAGGAAAUUACGAGGGAUCCCUGCUUACAAUGAAGUCCCUUGACUCGAUUAUUUGGGGACUGAUUCUCAAGUUCGGAAACCUUGCUCUCGUGGUCAUGGAUACGGCAUUCUGGCAAAAGUCAUUUGCUACUGAGGUCAAAGCUACCGUGCCUGGCUAUAACCUUGCAGCAAUUGCUAUAUUCGGGAUUCCAUGGGGCCUCGGCACCGUUAUUGGUCUCACUGCCAGGGCCAUUCAUAACACUCCGAUUUUCCCGACAUACCCCGGCGAGUUCUCUCCAGACCUUGUUAAUGCAGGCUUGGUGAUGCCGUACACAAUCAAGGCUCUCAUCGGAGAUAAGGGAAUUGUGGCCUUCUUUGUUCUCUUAUUCAUGGCUCUUACUAGCACCGUCUCUUCUUCCAUGAUUGCCGUCAGCAGCAUUCUAUCAUUCGACGUUUAUAAAACGUACAUUGACCCAAAGGCAUCGGAUAAGAAGAUUAUGAGAGUCAGCCACCUUGCCGUUGUUUUCCAUGCCAUUUUCAUUACCGGCAUCUCACUGGCACUCAACUAUGGUGGAGCUGACAUGACAUGGAUCGGCUACUUCAGGCCAAUCCUCUCCUGCCCCGGCAUCAUUCCCCUGGGUCUGACCCUUGCGUGGUCGAAGCAGACGAGACUAGCGGCCGUCGCAUCGCCAAUUCUCGGAUUCCUCACGGGCCUCAGUGUUUGGCUGGCUACAGCCAAGUCGCUCUACGGCACUAUCAACAUCGCAACGACGGAGGCCAGUUUCCCUGCCUUGUAUGGAGCUAUUGCGUCCUUCUUCUCUCCUGCUCUUUACUCAGUUGUCAUUUCUCUUUACAAGCCAGAGACAUUUGAUUGGCGACGAUUCUUGCUCAUUGAGCUUGCAGAAGCACCAAAGCUCGAUGGACCUGAACCAUCACUUUCGAGCAACAGGGAAAAGGAUGCCAUAACUGAUAAAGAUACCAGCGAGUCAAAUAGCCAUGGUAUUGGGGCUUCAAAUUCACCAAGCGAGAAUAUAUCAGUUACAGCUUCCGAUCCAGAGAAUGCCAAGACUCUUGACAUUGGAGAAAAAGGUAAUACGAGCGUGUCGAUAAAUAGCGAUCCAAGCACACUCGACCUUGACAAUGUGCAGCAUCCAUUUGAUGAGGCGACGUUACAAGAACUGCAUCGUUGGUACCGCAUAGCUUGGAUCUUCUUUGUCGUAGUCGUUCUCGUCACUUUUGUCGCAUGGCCAAUGCCAUUAUACCGAAACUACAUCUUCACCAAAUCCUUCUUUUCCGGCUGGACGACGGUUGCGAUUAUAUGGCAGUUUCUAGCAUUCUUCGCGGUGGUCAUAUAUCCUUUAUAUGACGGAAGACAUGCAAUUGUCAAGGCAUACCGGGGUGUUUGGAGUGCGAUUAGCGGUACCUUUAGCAGGUCAUGA